AUGAAAAAAAUAGUUAAAAAUCGAUCAAAUUCAAGUAAUAAACCUCAAGAUAAAUUUAGAAAUAAAACGCCAAUAUCAUUUAUUAUUAAUGAAAGAUUCAAACGCCAGCGACUUUCCUAUUCAACUAUGAUUAAAGCUAGUCAGAAUAGAGAGACCUUAAAUAUUUUACCUCAAGAUAAAAUAUUUAGGUACGAAUCACCAGAUACAAUUAGUACUAAGUAUAAACUAAAAAGUAAGAAACGAAAGUUUAUGCUUAAACUACAACGUUCCGAAACAUUGCCUAGCAAAUCUCAACCUGAACCUAGGCUUAAUGAGCCACCACGCUCAAACUCUUUGCCCAAUGAUAUAUCUUUGUCAGAAUUUUAUUGUUCAAAUACAGUACCUAGUGUUUCUUCUAGUUCGCUAAAUUUAACACAACAAAACAUAUAUACAUGUCAACUUGUUAUGGAACCCGAAACAUAUGAUAUACAAACAUCCGGGCCAAAUAAUGAAACAUGUAAUGACGAACAAGCUCUUGCGAUAGAAGAAGCGACAAUAUUAAACGGAAGUUAUGUUUAUCCAAUUAUACAUGAAAGGUCCGAUCAAGAAAUUGAAACUGCGUUUCCAUCAAAUUUCAAAGUUGAUACUUCUUUAUAUACAGAUAUUUCUGCUACAUCAAAUAUGCUAGAUUGUCUUUGCUGGCAUUUCACUAAUGAAUUAAUUGAUCCGCAAUUUCAAGUAAACGAUCUGAACAUCACUCAAUCAAAUUGUCACAUAGGCUAUUCAGAUGGUAAGAGUAACAAUAAGCGUGAUCGAUUAUAG